AUGGCCUCCUCCUUCCUCUCCCUACGCCUCCCUACCCCCUCCCCGCCCACCGCGACGUCGUCCCCAUUCUUCCCGAAUCCCCUAGUCCGGUCCGGAAGGUGCAGUCUGCCGUCCUCUACCCUCGUGGCGCGUGUUGCCGGGUCGGCGGCGGGGGCUCCGUCGCCGUUGUUCAACCCGAGGGGCGACCCGUUCCUAUCCACGCUAGCCGCUGCUUCUCCAGAGCAGCUCGCGGCAGCUGCGGGUAGCGAACGCCGCGGCGAGGACCACCUGCCGUUCCUCGAGAUCUUCCAGAACGCCAAGCUCAUGUCCUCGCCCGCGCAGGUGGAACGUUCUAGCAGCUCUUACAGUCAGCACAGUCCUAGAAGGCCUCCCCCGGAUUUGCCGUCGUUGCUUCUACAUGGCCGGAUUGUUUAUAUUGGCAUGCCGUUGGUGCCAGCAGUUACCGAGCUUAUUGUUGCCCAGUUGAUGUACCUUGAUUGGAUGAAUAGUAGUGAGCCUGCAUAUAUAUACAUCAACUCAACAGGAACGGCUCGUGAUGAUGGUGAACCAGUUGGAAUGGAGACAGAAGGUUUUGCUAUCUAUGAUGCCAUGAUGCGGAUGAAAACUGAGGUUCACACACUUUGUAUAGGAGCUGCAGCAGGUCAUGCCUGCCUUGUCCUUGCAGCAGGGAAGAAAGGCAAACGAUAUAUGUUUCCCCAUGCCAAAGCUUUGAUUCAGCAACCUCGUAUUCCUUCAUAUGGGAUGAUGCAAGCUUCUGAUGUUGUUAUUCGUGCAAAAGAGGUCGUGCACAACAGGAACACCCUGGUCAAACUUUUAGCAAGGCACACUGGAAAUCCACCAGAGAAAAUAGACAAGGUGAUGAGAGGACCAUUUUAUAUGGACUCUUUGAAAGCCAAGGAGUUUGGGGUAAUUGACAAGGUCUUUGGCGCGGGCAGGAGAAGUACAUGUCUGACAUGCUCUCCCCUGAGGAUUGGGACAAGGUUGCUGGAGUCAGAGGCCCCGGUGGAAUGUGAAGUUGUGCACUGGACUUCGAAUACUUAG